AUGUGGCUAAUAGCGAUUAACUUCUUGAUUUUCUUGCAUAUUAAUAUUUUUCUUCACGGCGAAGAAAUCGACUGUGGAACACCAUCAAUUUCGAAUUUUGUUCGAGAUUCUCUCCCAAGAAUAUGCUUUGGCCAAGAUUCUGCCGGCUUUCUCAAUUAUUCCAUGGAUCAUGUCGAUUUUUACAAUGCACAUUGUCGAUUGUAUCAAGACGUGAAGGAAUGUUUAGAAACGAAAGUCAAGCGUUGUGACAGUAUCCAAGCUGGCUUUACGCGACAUGCAUUGAGUUUAGUUGAAAGUUAUCAAUUGCCUAUCGAAUAUUUUGAUUUCGAUGCGAAAAUCUAUGAUGACAAUCAUUAUCUACAAAAUUUAAUUCCAUUUUGUGAUGGAGACAAACUUUCGCAUCAUUUCAGUCGACAGUUCGAUAGCUCUUUAUUAAGUUGUCUGUCCAAUUCCACUUUAACGAAACAUAAACAAUGCUUAGCAACAUUCAAGAAUAAUAUUCAAACGAUUCUUCAAACAAAAGCUUCAUUGAACGAAAUCACAAAAUGGUCCGAAGAUUUCCUUCGAUGUAUUUACAAUUCGAUCCCGACGACUUGUCCAACAGCAACAAAAGAAGUAUUCGUCUUUCGAGAACUAUUAGCUGUUCCUGAGAAACAUACUAAUGCCACGACGCAAACAUUGAAUAUAAAUAAAAUCGUCAAACAAAAACUACCAAGUCAAAAUGUACACGAUUUUGCACAAUCUAAACGAGCAACAUCAUCAAUUCAUGUCAAUCGUUCUUAUGCAAAGGACAAGCAAAUAAGCGAUCCGCAUAUUGUUCAAUUACAUACGGCAAAAGCGAUAACAUGUCGAUUAUUACAUAAUCGUACUUAUAUAUCAAAUCCCCAUUUUAAAAUAUCGGGUAUAUCGAAACAUGUAGGUGAUCCACAACUGACUGCAACUGCUAUCACAUCAUUAAGAAUUGAGUUCUACAAUACUCACGGAGAUGUCUUAGCUUACUAUCACGCAUCGAAUGGUAAACUGCCAUUAGAUUUGAACUACUUAGAUACUUUAGCAUCAUCAAUCAUUAAAAUCGAUCAUGGUGAACAACGGGCAACAGAAGGACAUUUAACUUUUACGCAUAUUCCGACAGCCACUCAGAUAACAGUGAAUAAAUGGUCGACAUUUUAUUAUUUCCUUGUACGAUCAUCAGAACUCUUAUUGAAUAAUUCCAAUGGAUAUUUAAUAACUGGCUGUCCUCAUAAUGAAAUUAUCGAUCGGCAAGCCAUAAUUGCACGUUUAAAAGAGCGUUUUGCUCAAAGUCAACGACGAAUUAUGGUUGUCGCAAAUCGACAACGUCGACAAACAUCGAUAUAUGAAUCGGAACUACCUCAGCAAUGUGAAAAGAUUUGUUCAAUGAAAGAAAAUGAUUUCGUUGAAGAGUGUUUAUUCGAUUGUUUAGCAUUCGCGGUAACUAACCCAAAAGAAGCAUUACGAAUACAUGAGAUGCAUGUUUCUACCAGUCAACAACGACAGCAUUUGGCUGACAACGAUGUUCAAACAGUAGAGAAAUUUCAAGAAUGUUAUAAAAAGGGAUUAGUGUGCAAAAAAAUGCCCGAUCCAGAUGAUUUCACUAACAGGAGCUUGACAACAUCAGUAUCAAUUCUUAUGAUUGUUUUCGUAUUCAUGUUCAACUUCAUAUAA